AUGGUGACUUACAGUGUUGGCUACUUUCGGACAGGUGAUGGGGCCCGCCCAAGGUGUCGAAACUGCGAGUCUCGGGGCUGCACUUGCCAAUGGGGUCUCAAGGCGUCCUUCCACCCAUCCCGCAAUUUCAGCCUUUCUCAUCGCAAAACCGCAGCCCUGACGGCGAUCGAAGAUCGGCGGGAUCUUCUGCCUGCUCAACUCCAAUCCUUCUCGAUUAUUGAUGAGACCGAGGAGAUUGUCCGUAGUUACCACGUGGAUUCCGAUUUACCUGGCCCGUCCCUGGACCCUGAUCAGCUGGAUGACCGACAACGGACAGAGGACCCUGGAGAAGCUCUCGCGAAUAGUGAGGCUGGGUCCACUUCUUCAGGAGAUCCCGGUGACUCCGGAACGGAGAGCGAUUUGGGGGUUUCUGAUGUAACUUGCCUCCAUGCAUAUGAUUUCUCUCAGCUGUCGGCUCUGGACAGUAGUCGAAGGCUAGCAGGCGGCGGCCUCAGCAUCGGGGAUCUGCUGUCUCAGCCAGAUCCACAAUCCACCGAGCAGACCCUGAAGCGAACGUCUCUGGGCUUCCUUUUCUCUCCAUUGUCCGAGUCGACGUGCCCUCCGUCAUUCGGUGUUGCAACAGCGGCAGCACCAAGUACAUACGCCCCACCUUUCUCGAUCGGCCAGGCGAUUUCCAAGGACAUUCCCCCGCCACCCGAACCCUCGCUGCCUGUAUCUACUGCGGAGAAAGCCCGUCUUAUCUGUUCCUAUAUGCAGGAAACUGGCACCUGGUGUGAGACAACCGAUUCCGAAAUGCACUUCACGCUACGGAGUAUCCACGAUAUGAUGAAAUCAGCCGCGUUUGCGGCCGCUGCAAUGUCCCUGGCCUCGCGCCAGCUGGACUAUGUGGAGCGUCGCCAACGAUCAGUGACGCUGGAACUGUACCAGUACACCAUCCAGUUACUUCUCCAGCAAGAUCCUGGAAAAGCGGAUGCCUCCGUGUUGGCAACCUGCACCCUACUCAGUGUGUACGAGAUGAUGGCGUCAGGGGUUCAUGAGUGGCGACGGCACUUGAAGGGCUGCGCUGGUCUUCUCCAGGUCCAGAAGUGGAACGGGUCGAGUCAGGGCAUCGUGAAGUCUUGCUUUUGGGCGUUUGCGCGAAUUGAUGUCUGGGCGGCCUUCAUCAGCGGAAAGAGUACGCUCAUCCCAACCGACUUCUGGUUAGACGAUAUGUCCAUUGAAUCCGUCGCUGCGAGGGGGAACGUGGACGACUACCGUAAUCUAGCCAUUCUGAUUUUUGCCAAAAUCGUAAAUUUGCUGUCCGGCUCUGGCUACUCCGAAAACAGGCUCCGGUCUAAGUUCGCCACCUCCGUGUCAAGCCUCUGGAAUGAGCUUCAGGAGUGGCACCGGCUCCGUCCCCAGGAGGUGUGCCCACUCUUGACAGACGCCUCGCCUUCCAAAGUGUUCCCAACGGUGCUGUACACUCGGUCUUCGUCCAUUUGCGGCAACACUUUCUACCAUGCUGGCUCCAUAUUGCUCCUACAGACGGGGCUUCUUCCUGUCAUAUCAGAAAGUACCCCUUCUCCCGUGGAAAACGCUGAUAGCGCAGUCUGGCAUGCGCGCCAGCUCGCUGGCCUGUCAAUGUCCAAUCCGUCCCAUGCAAAUUGGGUAAAUCAUCUCCAACCUCUAUACAUCGCGGGUACAGUUUUUGCCGGCAGCAGCACAGCCUCACGUACCAGGAGGGCUCAUCCAGACGAAUCACCGGAUUUCCAGUCGCUAUUUGUUUCGUCGUUGACCCGUGGCAACCCUGGGACAACGAGUUCCACCGCGCAGCUCGCUUCCUGGUCAACAGAGGAAGAGUACCCUACCGAAAAAAUACUCCUACUGAAACAUCUAGCUCGGAUAGAGCGGGAGACUGGCUGGAAGACCUCGGAUCGCGCCGCCAGUCUAAGAAUGCUCUGGGGUCUGGGGUAG